AUGGGACGUGCUUCACCGACAACUACUGUAGGGCGAGCUACGAGUAGAGAGGUGCCUCUUGGGGGUACUGAGCACAGAAAACGCUCGAGCAUGUAUACGGCUCCGAUCCAAGAGGCCUUGCAGAUGAUCCGAGCGAGAAUCAGCACGGCAGCGAUUGUAGAUAGUUUAGCUCAGCACAUCCUGUGCUCCGUUAGGAGACUUUUUGGG